CUAAAACUUUAAUUGAAGGCUUCCUUUUAUCUUGGAGCUCUUUGGAAAAUAAAAUAUGCAGUGUCAAUGAUUGCGUUAGGAAAUGUAGUUUACAAGAUGUAGAAUUUCUAAGUAACCUAAUCUGAGUUACAGGUUUAGAGCAGUUCUGCUGGUUUUGGUCGCGCUUUGCGCAGUCCAGAGAGUAGUCCAAGUGAAUGGAGCGCACACCUCCGCUCACAGCGGAAGAAGUACGAGCAACUUGAAAGACGUUUCCAAAAGUAACACAGCGAGUGAGGAUUGCAGAGGAGACUUAAGGCAUUUUCAAUAUUUGAGCAUUUUUAGAAGCUGAAGUGGGAGGACGCUUAUAAUAAGUAUUGGUGAAAUAUGAUCGAACAGAACCGGGGCGGGUGAAGGCACAUGGGAGAGGACUGCCCGUAUAAUCUACUGUGGCUCUAAAGAAAAAAGCGAUUUACUUGGAAGUGGAUUUGACGAAGUGGGAUGGUUAAACAGCUGAUGUUUGUUUCUAAGAGAAGCUAUGCACUUAUAGCGCUCGAGUCAGCCCCAAUGGACAGACUGAGUGGACUGUAGAUAGCCUACACUUGAAGAUUAAAGUCUUCUGAGAGGUUACACAGAUCCAGCCGUAUCAUCGUUAAUGUGACCAACAUGUUGAACUGGUCUUUGCUGAGUGUUUUAUGGACUUUGUUCAUCUGCAGCAGAAGUUAUGCGCAAGAAAGACAGGGUUACUUGGUUGCUGCCCCAUCCUUGUUCCGGGCAGGCACAGAGGAGUCCGUAAGUGUGACGAUCUUCAAUGCAAAAGCAGAGACACGAGUCCAAGUGCAGUUGUCAGUAAAGGGUCAGGUGGUCGCCCACGGUCAUUCCUCAGUGCUUGACAAAGGUACCAUCAAUCUAAAGGUUCCCUCUGGACUGAGAGGCCAGGCCCAUCUGAAAGUGUGGGGGAACCGUCACCUCACUGCAGGAGGCUACAUCUUUCAUAACUACACCACUGUCACUGUGGACAGCAAGGGCACAGCUGUCUUUAUUCAGACCGACAAGCCAAUCUACAAACCCAAACAUAAAGUGUUCAUCAACGCCUACGUGAUCAACCCUGACCUGAGACCUGUGAAUGAGAAGGUUGAGGCCUAUGUUUUGGAUCCAAAAGGCUCGAGGAUUGUCCAGUGGAAAAAUCUUCAAUCUGUUUGCUGUGGAGUGGUAAACAUGAGUUUUCCUCUGUCUGACCAGCCUGUGUUUGGAGAGUGGUUUAUCUUUGUGGAAGUGCAGGGUCACACCUACAACAAAUCAUUUGAGGUGCAGAAAUAUGUCAUACCCAAAUUUGAAUUGGUUAUUGAUCCACCUCGCUACAUUCAUGACCUGAAAUCAUGUGAGCAGGCCACGGUGAGAGCCAGGUAUACUUUUGGAAAGCCAGUGACAGGGAAGUUAACUGUUAAUAUGACUGUGAAUGGAGUAGGGUACUAUCGCCAUGAAAUGGGUCACCCAGUCAUUAAAAUCAUGGAGAUCAAAGGAUCUGCCAAUUUCAGCCUCUGUGUGAGGGACAUGAUGCCACUGGAUGUGGCAGAGCACUUCAGAGGCUCUGUCAGCAUUUGGGCGACUGUAGUCAGUGUAGAUGGAACCAAACAAACCACGUUUGAUGAUUCAACACCUGUUCACAAGCAGCUUAUAGACAUCAAGUACUCCAAGGACACAAGGAAACAAUUUAAGCCUGGUCUUCCCUACAAAGGAAAGCUUGAGGUGACAUAUCCUGAUGGGAGUCCGGCUGAUGGAGUGAAAGUGCGUGUGAAGGCUGAACUGACACCAAAAGACAAUGUGUACACGACUGAGCUGAUCUCAAAGGGUGGACUGGCUACCUUCGAGAUCCCCUCCAUUCCUGCUGCAGCUCAGUAUGUGUGGCUAGAGACAAAGGUGACAUCCAUUGAUGACAAGACAGUGGGAGAUCAGUACCUGCCCAGCUAUCUUUCCAUUAGCAGCUGGUACUCACCUAGCAGGUGUCAUAUACAGAUCCAAAGCCCCAGUGCCCCCCUUAUGAUUGGCCAUGAAGCAGAACUGGCAAUCAAGUCUACAUGUCCCUGCAACUUUACCCUUCACUAUGAGGUUGCCUCCAGGGGAAACAUUGUUCUUUCAGGGCAACAGUUGGCCAAUGUGACUGCCUUUCAUCGAGGGAAAAGAGCCACGGUCACUUUUGACAAAAACAUCCAUACCACCCCUUCAUCAUCUGGCUCUGGAUCUCAGGCAGAGAUUGACAGCUGUGUGUCUUAUCUACGUUUCCUUGUGAGACACAGCAUGGCUCCUCUGAGCCGGCUGCUGGUCUACUACGUAAGGGAAAAUGGGGAGGGUGUAACUGACAGCCUGCAGAUCCCAGUCCAGCCCAGCUUUCAGAAUCAGGUCUCUGUCUCUCUGUCAACAAAUGAGUCUAUGCCAGGGGAGCCUGUGACCAUGCGUAUCCAUGGACAGAAGGGCUCCUGUGUUUGUGUGGCCACUGUGGAUAAGAGCAUGUAUCUGAUAAAGCCUGGCUUCCAGAUGACAACCGACAAAGUGUUUCAGGAGCUGGCAGACUUUGAUUUGUCUGAUGCCUUUGGUGUACCUAAAGAUGAUGGGCAUUUCUGGUGGCCUGGGCUGUCUUCAAAGAGACGCAGGCGCUCAUCUGUAUUCCCCUGGCACUGGGACAUCACUAAAGAUGCCCGCUUUGCUUUUACAGAAGCUGGGCUGGUUGUGAUGACAGACAUGGUGAGUUUAAACCAUAGACAAAGCGGAGGCAUUUAUACAGAUGAGGCCGUGCCUGCUUUUCAACCUCACACCUCAGCAAUUGUUGCAGCCACACAUGCACGUUCUCCAGCAAGAGCAGAGAAACGAAAACGGACAUUUUUCCCUGAAACAUGGGUAUGGCACUGCGUCAAUAUUAGCUCUGAGAGCGGGCACACUGAACUCCAAUUAGAUGUGCCUGAUUCCAUCACCACAUGGGUAACAGACGCCGUCAGUCUAUCUGAAGGAAGUGGCCUGGGCUUAGCCAAGAGGACAGAACUACGUGUCUUCAAAUCCUUUUUUGUUGAUUUUACAUUGCCAUACAGCCUCAUACGAGGAGAGCAGACUAAAGUUCCUCUUACUGUGUACAGCUAUCUUCCAACCUGCUCUGAGGUCCAUGUUAAAAUCUCUGUUCCAAAAGGCAUCAAGUUUGUGGGCCACCCAGGAAAGCACCAUCUGACAAGAAAGAAAUGUGUAGCUCCAGGAGAGGCUGCACCAACAUCCAUCGUAUUAUCUUUUACUGAACUGGGGACUGCCAACAUCACAGCUCGUGCCAUUGCAUACAGUGAAGCAAGCUGCUGUUCAGAUGGAUUCCUGUCAAGCAGGACAAGCAAUGAUGUGGAUGAGAGGAGGAGCCCUGUCGGCAUGGACUUUGUGCGGAGAACUGUUUUGGUGGAGCCAGAGGGCCUUCCCAGGGAAUAUACUUACAGUGUAUUUUUUUGCCCAAAUGAGAGAAUCCACAUUUCAACCCCAAAUAAGUAUGAGUAUCAGUAUGUAAAAAAACCAGCCCGCAUGAACCACUUCCAGGUGGCUGUGAAGACUCACAAUGAUGCACACUUUGCCCUUUCGCCCAGUCCCCAUGACAGUGCAGAGAUGGUAGAGAUUGUGCUUGGAGGCAGACAAAACACUCGAUCCUGGAUUUCUAUUGGCAAAAUGGGUGACCCUGUCAGUAGUGUUGCAACUCCAAGCAUCCUGUCCUGGGAUGAAUUUCGGAGUUUUUGGAUCAGCUGGAAAGGGGGAAUUGUACAGGUUGGCCAUGGUUUGCAGCCAUCUAAUGACUCAGUAAUUCUCUACUGGGCUGGUCAUGGUGCGGGACAGGUGCGUCACAUUGGCUUCUCAACAGGUUGGGGUUCAGUUGGAGAGUUUAAGAUAUGGAAAAAGGAGGACUCAGAGGAGAACCACAAUGAAGCUUUCACUCUUGGUGUUCCACACAACGUGGUCCCUGGAUCUGAGAGAGCCACAGCCUUUAUGAUUGGGGAUGUCAUGGGACCAACUUUGAAUAACCUGGAUAAGCUGUUGCGGUUGCCAUUUGGAUGUGGUGAGCAGAACAUGAUCCACUUUGCUCCCAAUGUUUUUGUCCUCAAGUAUCUACAGAAAACACGGCAGCUCAGCUUGGAUGUUGAAAGUGAAGCUACUGAUUACCUCCUGCAAGGCUACCAGCGACAGCUGACCUACAAACGUCAGGAUGGAUCGUACAGUGCCUUUGGAGAAAGAGAUUCUUCUGGCAGCAUGUGGUUAACUGCCUUUGUUUUGAAGUCAUUUGCUCAGUCCCGGAGUUUUAUUUUCAUUGACCCUGAAGAGCUCCGUUCGGCUAAGUCAUGGCUUAUCAAGCAUCAGCAUGAAGACGGCUCCUUUCCUGCCAUGGGCCGCAUCCUUAACAAAGAUCUCCAGGGAGGUAUCCAUGGAAAGAUAUCACUUACAGCAUAUGUGGUGGCAGCUCUCUUGGAGACAGGAAUAACAACAGAGGAAGAGAAGGUUGCAGUGACUAAAGCCAAGGAUUUCCUGGAGAGCAACAUUUACUCUGCUGAUGAUCCUUAUACCACAGCCCUGUCUGCAUAUGCCCUAGCACUGUUACGCAGUCCAUAUGCCCCUUUGGCUCUGCGCCGUCUCAACCACAUGGCCAUCACACAAGAUGGACUGACCCACUGGAGUUUGACUGGCAGCACUAUGACAGAUGAGGACACAUUCAUGGGCUUUAAUGAUGGCCUUUCCCAAUCAGUGGUGUCUGCAGAGGUGGAGAUGACAGCCUAUGGUCUUCUUACAUACACUCUGCUGGGAGAUGUAGCCUCUGCUUUGCCUGUGGUUAAAUGGCUUUCUAAACAGAGAAAUGCCUUGGGUGGUUUUUCCUCCACACAGGACACAUGUGUGGCUCUGCAGUCGUUAUCAGAGUAUGCAAUACUGUCUUACGUCGGAGGGGUCAAUCUCACCAUCUCUUUAGCCUCAACCAACCUUGACUUCCAAGAGACAUUUGAACUUAACAGAGACAACAAGAAACUACUUCAAAGUGCCAAGAUCCCUAGCAUCCCUACUGGUCUAUUUGUGAGUGCCAAAGGAGAAGGGUGCUGUCUUAUGCAGAUAGAUGUGUCUUACAAUCUCCCAGACCCAGCAUCAAAGCCAGCCUUCUAUCUGAAGGUGGACCUAAAGGAGGCUCAGGAAAGACAUCUCCAGGUCCCUCCACCAUCUGUCCGUCACAAUAACCCGCGCCCCCGGAGUCGUGCUGACAACCGCUCUGAACUCAACCGCAAACGCAGAGCUCCUGUGGAGGAUGAUGACCCAGCAGCACAUCAGGACAAAAUGGACCUCCAUGUCUCUUUGGAGGUUUGUGCAAGGUGGCUCCAUUCAGGUUCAUCCAACAUGGCCGUCAUAGAGGUUCCUAUGUUAUCAGGCUUCAGAGCAGAUGUGGAAAGUCUGGAGAGGCUGCUGACAGACAAGAGAGUGGGCUUAAAACGGUAUGAGCUGAGUGGGAGAAAAGUAUUUUUUUAUUUUGAUGAGAUCCCUAGUCAGUGCAUUACGUGUGUGGGCUUUCAAGCUGUCAGGGAAUACAUUGUGGGCAAGACAGCACCCGUACCGGUCAAGAUCUAUGACUACUAUGAACCAGCAUUUGAGGCGACACGCUUUUACAACGUGAGCGAGAGCAGCCCAUUGGCUCGGGAGCUGUGUGAUGGUCCAACUUGUAAUGAGGUAGAGAGUUCAACCAACCAGUGGAUAGGCUUUGUACAAGGGAACCAUUGUAAUAAUGUGUUUGGGUGUAUGGAGGAAGAACAGUUUGAGCGCUGCACUUGCUACAGAGACUGCGGUUAUGAUGGAGAGCCAGUCUGUGGGUCAGACGGGCAGCUUUACCAGAACCAGUGCCAAAUGGAUGUUUUUGCUUGUCGAAAUAGUACUCAAAUCAAGCAGGUUCCAAUGUCCCUAUGUUCACACAUGGUGACCACAGUUGAGGACCAGACACCAGUGGCAAAUCAGCAAACAGAGCAGCCCUCUGUGCCAGUACACACAGGUGAGGAAGAUCAGGUAUCGAUAGCAGAAGUCUCCUAUUAUUCCUAUGAGUAUGACACGGACUCCGAGCCAUUUCUUGCUGAUGUUGAUACAGGAGAUCAGCUUUAUCUUCCUGUUGAAGCAGGGAUGGAUUCCAAGAUUCCUACAGAUAUUCAGCUACCAACACCAGACACAAGAACCAGUCCAGAGCGAUGAAAAAACUGUCUGAGCUCACCUUCAAAUUGUACAUUAUUUGUGAAUAUGCAAAUGGAUAAAAGACCAGAGACACAGUGAGGGUCCAUCUGACUGAGAGGCCAGAGUCUGGAGAAGGUUCUUGGUGUGAAAGUGUAUGUGAGAAGUGUGAAUGAUUUACUUGUAUAUUGAAAUUAGACUCCUCCAGACUUCAGUGCAACAAGUAUUCUCUCAAUUGUCCUGCCUUAUAAUCACUAGAGGAAUCAAGUAUUUAUAUUUGUAAUUACACUAAAAACAAAAUAUUUUGUAAUAUUUUUGAUGGUAUUUAUUUGUAGUUUUAAAUCUGUGUUACAUUUUGCCAGAACUCAUCUGUUCUUUUUUACUCUGCUACCUUAUUGCUGCUUCACUUCCUAUUGUGUCAAAGAUGUUUUUCUUACAUAGCAAGCUUUAACCCAGUUGAUGAAAUGCUGAUAAAAUUCUUGUGCUGGUAUCCUGCUGGACAUAGACAUAUGCUAACCAUAUGCUUUACAGGAUCAUAAGCUGAAGUGUUUUGGGCUGCACAAUAUUAGAUAUAAAUAUACACAAAAUAUCUUUGUUGAUAUUACUUUUUAAUCCAUUAAGUACUGCAAAGGUUACACUUGUUACAUUUCAAAAAAACAUUUCUGCUAUACAUUGUGCAGCCCCCAGACAGGCAAAGACUGGACCUUCUCCAGAAUGUACAGAUGGAACACAUGUUGUACAGACUAUAAGCUAUUGUAUUUUGAAUUCGAAAGCAAUUGUCGUCAAUCAAGAAUGAAGUUUUUAAUUUGUGUAAAUGUUCCAAAAUUUGAAAACUGCAGCCCUUUUAAUGUGCCUUUAAUCA